GGGCUCUAUAAAGACCCGCUUUGUUCCUUGGCUCUCUCUGCUCCUGUUUUUAUUUCUCCGGUCUUUCUUGUUUCCAUCACCACUCAUCGCCAAAAUGCCCAGCAAGAGGAAGAAGAAUAAGCGUCGCAUGAGGCGGACACAGGCCCAGAGGAGAAUCCUUGAAGAGCAGCAUGCGGCCAACCCACCAGCCAAAGGGACUCCUGGGAUUGCAGUUGGUGCGCCCCCUACAGCCGUCCCAAAGAAGGCGGCUAAAGCACCAGUUAGAGAACUGGCUAGAGCUCCAGUGAAGAUCCCAGAGGUUGUUCCAAUUGCAGUCCCUAUUGUGGAAGCCCCCAUAGUAGAACCAGUUGUGAAAGAGCCCGAGCCUGUUGCAGUGGUGAAGCCCGAGCCCGUUGCAGUGGUGGAGCCUGAACCAGAGCCUGUUGCAGUGGUGGAGCCAGAACCAGAGCCCGUUGCAGUUGUGGAGCCUGAGGCCGUUGUGGAGCCUGAGCCAGAGCCCAUUGAAGUAGCUGAGCCUGAGGCCGUGCCAGAACCAGAGCCUGUGGUGGAAGAAGCUCCAGCAGAAGUUGAGGUUGAAGCCCUGGUCGUUGAAGAAGCUCCAGUUGUUGAGACCCCAGCAGAGGAGCCUGCUGAAGUUGAGGCUGCGAUAGAGCAAGAGGCUGAACCUAUCAUUCCUGAAACAGAACCAAUAACAGAGGAUGUAGCAGCCCCUGUUGAGACCGAGAUUCUGACAGAGGAGGCUACAACUGUAACCACAGCAACUGAACUGACACUUGAUGUCUGCGAGACAGUGACUGAAGUGAUGGCAGAGGCCUUGGCAGAGGAAGAAGCAGUCGCCAUUACUGAAGCUGCUGAAGAGCCAUUGGUAGAAGAUCUUGUCAGUGAGCCGGUUGCUGCUGAACCCGCUGUAGAGGAGGCCGUUGCGGAAACCGUGGUGGAGGUUGUCGCAGAAGCAGUGGUUGAAGAGGUUGCCACAGAGGUACCAGAACAGGAGGAUGAAGCUGAAAUCGAAGUGUUGGCUGAAGAAUCACCUGAAGUCUCCGCUGAGUCUGUUGCUAUCACAGAGGAUGUUGCUGCCCCAUCUGAGGAAAUCCCAGUGGAGCCAGAAAUCGUCCCUGAGGCUCCAGUAGAAGAGGCUGAAGCCCCUGUAACUGAAGUCAAGGAGGUCCUUGCUGAGUGCCUGGUCGAUGACUUUGUUGUCACAGAAUCUGUCGCUGCCGUGGAGGUCGCCAUCGCUGAGUCUGCUGCUGUCCAUGCGGAAGUUGUGGAAGUUAUCGACACCCCCUCAGAAGCAGAACUAACACCUGCUGAGCCUGCUGCAGCCCCCGCAGAGGAGAUGAUCAUUGAAGCCGUUCCUGAGCAGACUUGUGUGGAUGUGCUGUCAGAACUCAAAACUGAAAUUUGCGACAUACCAUGCCAGAUGCAGUCUGUGCAGAUCAGCUCAAUGGAGAUGUUAGUGGAGCCAACGUUGAACGGACACAUUGUUCCAGAGCUCUCCAUCGAGGGCUAGAUCCACAUUACACAGCUUGGAAGACCUUUUCUGUCUUUAUUCCCCAUUGGCCAUUCGGAGUACUCAAAGCUUUACAGCUGACGUGUUAAUUUUUUUUUAGGGGUUUACUCCACGCAUUUGAAGGGACAUCCACACUUUGAAGUGCCUUUCCGGCCCUGGUUUUUAUCAAAACACCAAACCAGAUGUCACUGAGCCAAAACCAGCUGCAUUCAAGGCAGCACAACAGACUUGUCAUAAAUGUGCAGAAAUGGAAACAAACAUAUUGUGACUCCUUAUCUGUAGUAUUCCCCAACAACCCUGAAUUUGCAUUAGCAGUGGAAGCAGGAGUGCUUGAGAGAUGACGAUUCCUAAAUCGAUAUAACUGGCAGUGCCUGAUAUCUGGGCAUGUUCCUCUCUCCAGCACGUCUGCGUCUAUACAGCAUAACCAAUGCAUGUGAAACCUGUAACGAUGAUGAAUGUGGCUAUAGUUGUACUGGGGCCUGUUCAUGUGGAAUGGAAAACUUCACAUUUUCGAGAGGUCUUUUUUUACCAUCAAACUUUCCCCAGCCUUAAUUUCUGUCCUCCAGUUCUCUCUGCCGAAACUAAGUGCCGAAUCUAUCCUAGAGCGGGAGUUUUUGGUUGCAUGGCCACUGGAAAAAGACAGUUUGGGGGGCAGGGGUGAGCUGAGAGGCCAUGCCCUUCCCCUUUUCCUUCACUUUUUUAAAUCCAUUUUGUAUAGACCCUAUGAUGUGCUACAGUUUUGUUCAAAGUCUGUGCUCUGGAAAGGAAACGUAUUGUGAUCUGGUGAUUUGAUUGAUGUGAUGAUGUUGGUCCACGUUUGAAAUAAAGCUGUAACUCAUUGUGAA